GCACCCCUUUGUAAAUCAACGGUCCAGUUUCCACUCCAUUGUAUAUUAGGCAAUGAAGCUUUUUCUUCAAUGGUUUGAGGAUUCCGGCACUACGUACAAACAUAAAUACAGACAUAUAGUGGAGCUCUUUUAGAGGCUUGCACAUCAAUAGAAUCAAGAGUACAUAGAACAAACAGAGAGGUCUCUCUCUCAAUUAUCGCAUAAUCGUUUUCGAAUGGAAGGAGUCGUCAUGAAUCUGAACCCCCAAUCCUCACCACCGGAAGGUCCAGAUCCGGACCCAGUCAAGCGGCCGAACCCAGUCACACUCUCGGAUCUGAACUCGGCCAAGAAGCUGAAGCCAGAUCUUUUGCCUUAUGGGUGCGCUGAUAUGGACUACAAAGAGUUAGAGAAGGAUGAUCCUGAUAAUAAACAAGAUGCUCAAACUUCUUUGAGUGGCAGCAACCCAGAUAUUGUAGUUUGGAGAGGUGUUGAGUAUGACUUGUCGAAAGGAGAAGAAUAUGUAGGCUGUGACGGACCAGUGGUAGGUGAGUCAGAUCCUUUACCACCUGGAUAUGGAAGGACUUCUUACUUCCCUGGCGGACCUAAGACCUUCGCUGUGCUCAUGUGGUGCCGUGGUUGUUGCGAGGUUGGAUCCCACUGGAUGACAAACUGCCCAAACAAGAAAACAGAAGCGUUCAAAAAGAAUAUUCGUGAUAUGGCUGGGCCUAACUUCCCUUGGGAUGAUUACCACAAAACUAAAACCUAUCAUGAUAGUGAUGAUGAUGAUGAUGGUGAGACCAAUCAGACAAAAGCCGACUAGUAUUCUCUCACUUCUGGAUGAUCGAUGAUCAGGUCAUAUUUAUACUGUCUACGGUACUUAUAUAUAUAUAUAUAUAUAUAUAUAUAUUCUCUGUGAUGUUAUAGUUAUGUUUGUCAACCCAAUGUACUCUUUUGUGGCUUUGUGUCUGUUAACUAGUUUGAAAACAAUGGUUGUUUAAUGAGGGGAAUUCUGGAACAAUAUAAUGUAAUGUCUUUUGGCAUUGUAUUACUUUGUUAAUGAUCUAUCUUCUGAUUGGCAUU